AUGUUAGACCGAAACGAAGAAGAAAAUCUGAAAAUGGCUGAAAAUCCAGAAUUUCACGAGGAGGAUGAGAUUUGGUGGCGACAUCCGCUGGCACAUUGGUUACGGUAGGUUUUUUUGGCUGGAAAAUUUGGACAAUUUUGAUACCAAAUAUGACUAGGGUUACUGUAGAUCAAAGUUUUGGGCGAAAAUUCCACGUUUUUUGACUCCAAUUAUGACUAGGGCUACUGUAGCUCUGGGUUACUGUAGGCUCCAAAUUUUAAGAUUUGAACAAUUUCAUUUUUCAAUUUUUUGGUCAAAAUUUGUCUAGGCUACUGUAGCUCAGGAUUACUGUAGUCUUCAGAGUGUCAAGAUGAUCUACAGUAGUCCUAGAGUACUGUAGUUAUAAUAAAUUGUAGGAUUUUUCUAGAUUUGAACAUUUUGAAGGGGGUACUGUAGUCCGAGAGUACUGUAGGUAGAAUAUCUUCCAGAUUUUUUGUAUCUGAAAAUUUGACUAGGAUUACUGUAGGUUACUGUAGCCCUCUAAAAAAAAUUAAAAAAAGAAAUUCCAAACGUGACCCAAUUUUUGCCGCGUUGCAAAAAAAAAUUCGAGCUUGCAAAAAUCCUCAGUUUUAAAAUUUUGCAAAUUUAAAAAUGGUGAGCAUUUUUAGCGGCAGUUUUUGGGUUACUGUAGAUCAAAAUUUUGUUCUACAGUACCUACCUAAGCCUAACCUUAUUUGGUGUCAAAAAACUGGCAUUUUUCGCGCCGAAAUUUUCAAAAUUCAAAUUUUUGCAGAGAUUGUGCGUGUGGCGAUCCACCUCUGAUCCACGAAUCCGAAUGGCGUCAAAUUUCGCGCCAAAAAUCCGAUCUACCUGUGCAGUUUCGAGAGAUUUUUGAUGGAUUUUUGAUGAUGAGCGUACUACGGUAUAUGUGAGUUGGUUUCUCGCGUCUCUAACUCGUCAAGCUUCUCUGCACUCUCCCAAAAAGCGCAUACUCUCUAGCUUGCGCCAAGCGCCCCGGAAUCUUCCGCGUAAGCGGCUCGAGCGGAGCGAGUGUAUUUCCCUCUGCGUCUCUAGCCGUUUAGCUGCUCUGCGUCUCUGAUUCUACAGUGUUCUCUAGCCGUCUAUCAUCUCUAACAGCUCUGCAAUUCCUCUGCGUCUCUAACCCUCUAGCUUUAAUUUUCCAUAGCGGGAAAUUUUGAAAAUUCAAAUUUUGUAGAUCAAAUUUACGUGGCGCAAAAUUUUAGAAUUCAAAUUUUUGUUCAAUUUUUCAAGCCGCGAAAUUUGAAAAUUUAAAUUAUUUCUGUAGAUUUUUUUGAGCGCGAAAUUUGAAAAUUCAAAUUUUUUGUAGAUCAAUUUUCCAUGGCGGGAAAUUCAAAAAUUCAAAUUUCCCGCUCAAAUUUUUACCUAUGUUCUCUAGAUCUCUAGUUUCUCUGCGUCUCUGAUUCUACAGUGUUCUCUAGUUGUCUGGUAUCUCUAACAUCAGUGUAAUCCCUCUGCGUCUCUAGCUUCUCUGCACUCUCUCUCAUUUCCCCAUACUCUCUAGCUUGCGCGAAGCUCUCCGGAAUCUUCCGCGUAAGCGGUUCGAGCGGAGCGAGUGUAUUUCCCUCUGCGUCUCCAACCCUCUAGCAUCUCUGCGUCUCUGACCUAGGCUUAUUUGGGCUCAAAAAAUUCCAAAUUUUUUCCUCUUCAGAGAUCCCACAACUCCUCGAGCUCCAAAUUCGAUCGCAAAUUCGAAUUCGGACCCGGAUUUUCUCCAGUGCCACCAAAAUUAUUCUGUUCUCAAACAGAAGCAACUUCGAACACUAUUUGAUUCUAUGGCCAGAUUCUACAAACAACGCCUACAACAAUUGAUUGUUGGAAUUUCGACGCCGAAUUUGGCGAUUUUGGCGAGGAAUCAGGAUUUUGGUGAGUGUUUUGGGUGGGAAAUUUGAAAAAUUGGUGAAAUUUGACCCCGGGAGAGUUUUUUCCCGCGAAAAAUUGAUUAAAAUUGGCCUAGAGCUUAUUUGGUGUCAAAAAAGUCCGAAUUUCCGCGCCAAAAAUAUGGGUUACUGUAUUUUCCAAUAUUCUCACUGACCCUGAGAAAAACCUGAAUUUCUUGUCAUCCAAAAAAUAUUUUCUCAUCAUUUUUUAAUUAUUCCGUUAACCGUUUUACGACACCGAAAUUAAUGGGUUCUAAACACGACAUUUCGAAUUUCAUAUAAUAAUUUUCCUAUUUUUAUAUAUUUUCUUCAUGAGAACGAGAUUUUAUGUGAAUUUUCUGCCUUUUUUCUCUCCAAACAUCAGUUUCCGGUCAUUUUCAAGCCACGGGACCUUGAAAAUCGUGUUCUACGUGAAAAAUUAGGCUAGAAACAUGUUUCCAAAUCUUUCUAGCUCAUUUUCCUCAAAAUACGCCUAGGAGAUGGCUCAGCUGGUUAGAGGUUUGAAUGUGGAGUUAAGGGUCAGGGGUUCGAUUCCCAGUGGGAGCGAAAAUUUUUAUUUUUUCACUUCGGAGUGUCAAAACACUUCUAAAUUAUUUUUCAAAAAACUUCCGCGCCCACCAGGAAUCGAACCCCCGACCCUUAACUCCAUAUUCAAACCUCUAACCGGCUGAGCCACCUCCUGGCCGUAUUUUGCGAAAAAUGAGCUGGAAAGAUUCUGAAACAUGUUUCUAGCCUCAUUUUUCACGUAGAUCACGAUUUUCAAGGUCCCGGAGCUUGAAAAUGACGGGAAAAUUGUUUUUGGACAGAAAAAUGAUGAUUUCCAAGCUAAUUCCUUAUGUAAAUUGAUCCAUAAGCCAAAAAAACAUGGCAAAACCAACUGUUUUUCUCUGCGCUCUCUCAUUUUCCCAUAAUCUCUAGUGUCUCACUGAAUUACUAAUUAUUUGUUAUAUUAUGCGUAAAAAGGUCAGGUGUUCCCUUUUUUCCACUUUUAGUCAUCCAUGCAUACCUUUUUUUUUCUUUUUCUCCUAUUUACUUGUAGAUUUUUAUCUAUAUCUUCUUUAUUAUUGUUGUUUUGUUGUUUUGACACCUUUUAUGACUAUUUUUGGCCUGGAAAUUGGGCCUUUUUAGGCCUAGAAAAGCCUAGUUUUCAGGCCUGGGAAUUGGGCAUUUUUGGAGCCUAAAUAAGCCUGAAAAUCAAGCUUAAAUUAAGGGGCCUUUCCGAGCCCUGAAAAGCCUGGUUUUCGGCCUGAAAUUGGGCCUUUUUAAGCCUAUUUUCUAGUCUUCUAAACAAAAACCCCUCAAAAUUCGGUAAUUUUAUCCAUUUGACCCGAAACUUUUGAAAUUUGAUCCAUUUUUGCGGACAUUGUUGAUAAAUGGAUCAUUUAUUUGAUUUUAGCUCAAAUUUUCUGCAUUUUUGACUGAAAAUUGCAGAUUUUCAGCCAAAAAAACUUCAAAACCAGUUUAAGUGAAAUCCAAUUUAUUUGAAAGUUUGAAAACUUUCAGUUUCCAAAUUGGAACUUUUUUUUUGUCUCAAUUUUCAGGCUUAAAAACUAGGUUCAUUUAGCCUCAAAAAGGCCCGGAUUUCAGGCCCAUUCAGGCCUAAAUCUAGGCUUUUCUAGGCCGAAUUCUAUGCCAUAUUUACUCUCAAAAUGUUCCUGUUUUUGUUCUGACCUUGAAAAUGUUUGUUUAUCCGAAAAAUCCCCCCGGAAAAAUGUUUAUUAUAACUUGAUAAUAAUAAUUAUUAUUCGAUUUUUAUUUUUGUUUUGACCCCGAAAUAUUUUCGUUGUGUAGUUCUUUUGGAGAAUUUUCCACAGGGAAUUUUCAAAAAAAAAAUUAUGCUAAUUUUGGUGUGAAAAAUGAGAAGGAACAUUUAUCUUGUUCCCCUUUCCCUUUUGGCGCCAAAAAAUUAUUGAUUUUUGUAAAUUUCUCAUUUUCUAGUCGUUUUCAAACCCCAGGACCUUCAAAAUCGUGAUCUACGUGGAAAAUUAGGCCGGAAACAUGUUUCCACAUCUUUCUAGCUCAUUUUCCUCAAAUUACGCCUAGGAAAUGGCUCAGCUGGUUAGAGAUAUGAUUAUCGAGUGCAGGGUCAGGAGUUCGAACCCGGGUCAGAGCAAAUUUUUUGUUUUUUGUCUCUAACUUCUACAGUAGCUAUGGUAAAACCUAUCCAUCAUGUUUUUGCACAUAAGUACUGUACUUGAGUGGCCCAAGUAGAUCAAAUGUAUGUUUAUUUAUUUUUACAUAGAAAUUCUAAUGGUCCCUUCCACCCCAUUAACUUAAUGGACCACUUCCUUUUUUCUGAGAGCAUUUUUCGAAGAGAAAUUGGAUUAAUUCCAUAUGUUUUGGAAUUUUGUGCUGUUUUCCUGGCCAAAAAUUGGUGUUUUUGGCCAAUUUUGCACCAUUUCUUAUCAAAUUCCCAACAAUGUCCAAUAAUUGGAUUAUUCUAUCGUGUUGUUUGUUUUUCUUAUCAUAACACACAUUUGUUUUGGCCAGUUUUGUUGUUUUUCGUUAUUUAUGGGGUCAAAAACGCCGUUUUGCACUAUUUUUAUGCAAAAAUGUUGUAAAAAUGAUGAAUUUUCAGUCAAAAACACUCCAAGAAAAGAAUUAAAAAAUUUCCGCUCCCACCCGGAAUCGAACCCCUGACCCUUAACUCCAUAUUCAAACCUCUAACCCUCUGAGCCAUCUCCCGGGCGUAUUUUGAGGAAAAUGAGCUAGAAAGAUUCUGAAACAUGUUUCCAGCCUAAUUUUCCACGUAGAUCAAGAUUUUCAAGGUCCCAGGGCUUGAAAAUGAGCAGAAAAUGAUUUUUCGGCUCAAAAAGAGUCGGAAACUUGUGUUUUGUGUGCAAAAAGUAUUAGAAAUUGUUGUAUUUUCUCACCUUUUUCUUUCUAUUCAUAUAAAUAAAUAAAUUUAUAUUCAUAUGCAUAUAACAAGCAUAAAAUACAAUAAGAUGACAAUAUUUGCCUAACCAUUCACAUUUUCUUCCUUCUGACGAGCACAAAUUUUUGAUAUUUGCAUACGCUUCCUCUUAUUUUUUUUUGGACUUCUUCCAAUUUUUUUUGGACAUGCCGGCACUUUUUUUUGAUCUACACAAAUUUUUUUGUUUGAUUUUGGAUUAGUCAGAGGUUUGCUAGGCUUGUUAGACGCUUUUUUGGGGGUUUUUUUGGAAUUUAGGCUAAAUUUUGAACCUGAGAGCUCUUUUAGACCAAAAAAUGCACAAAAAUUCGAAUUUUUGGCUCCGUGACCUUGAAAAUUGAAAUUCAGGUUGAAAUUUAGAGCUGGGUAGCUGAAUUUUUAAUUUUCUGAGGAAAAAAUGGUCUAGAAAUCGAAUUUUUGAGUCCGGGACCUUGAAAAUUGGAAUUUAGGCUAAAUUUUGAGCUGGGUACCUGAAUUUGAAUAUUUUCAUGGAAAGUUAUGCCUGGGAGCUUAUUUAGACCUAAAAAAGGCUCAAAAAUUUGAAUUUUUGGCUCCGGGACCUCGAAAAUUGGAAUUUAUUCUGAAUUUUGAGCUGGGUACCGGAAUUUGAGUAUUUUUUAUGGGAAAUUGAGCCUGGGAGCUUAUUUAGACCUAAAAAAGGCUCAAAAAUUUGAAUUUUUGGCUCCGGGACCUCGAAAAUUGGAAUUUAUUCUGAAUUUUGAGCUGGGUACCGGAAUUUGAGUAUUUUUUAUGGGAAAUUGAGCCUGGGAGCUUAUUUAGACCUAAAAAUGGCCUAGAAAUCGAUUUUUUUGGUCCGGGACCUUGAAAAUUGGAAUUUAGGCUAAAUUUGAGAUCGGAAAAAGCCCUUCCUAUUUUUUCUUCACUUUCUUAACUAUUUUUUCUGACUUUUCAUUUAAUUUUCAUUUUCCCAUUCAAUUUCAAAACGAAAUUGAAAUUUGUGGAAAUUGAAUAAAUAAACAGUGUUUUGUGUGUUGUAAAAACGAAUUUAUUUGGUUUUUCUCACUAUUUUCCUUUAGAAUUUACUUUGGGUGUGGUUUUUAAGGACAUUUUUUUGAUUCUAUGCAAUUUUAACUGAAAAAAAGCGGUUGACAAAAUUUUCCGCACCGACCCGGAAUCGAACCCCUUACCCUUAACUCCAUAUUCAAACCUCUAACCAGCUGAGCCAUCUCCAAGGCGUAUUUUGAGGAAAAUGAGCUAGAAAGAUGUAGAAACAUGUUUCUAGGCUAAUUUUUCACGUAGAUCACGAUUUUAGAAGUCCCAGGGCUUAAAAAUGGCUGGAAAAUGAAAUUUUAGACCAGAAAAUGUGGUUUUUUCACAGCUAAUUGUGAUUGCUCAUAUUAAAAUAAUAAUAAUUUGUUGUUGAUGUCCUCUAUCUAGUUUUAGUGUAACUCUAGACACCCAAUUGUAAAUUCUUUGGGAGAAGGAACACCUGUUCUUUUUAUUUUUAUUCCAAAAUGUUUCUCUUCUCAAUUUUUCUCAUUAUUAUUUGAUAUUCCUGUUGAAAUUUUACACUUUUACAUUUUAAAAAUUUUAUUUUUGAGUAAAAAUUUUGAAAGUUAGGCUAACUUCAAUAUUUUCUGGGUUUUUUGCCACGAAAAUUGGGAUUUUUUGAAAGAAGUUAGGCUAAAUUUUUGAAUUUUCCGACUUUUUUGUAAAAAAAAAAUAAAUUUUCGAGAAUUUUCUCCAGAUGUUCCAAAUUUUCUCCCAAAUUUUUUUGGUACAAAUUUUUUUUUGCUGGAAUUUUUUCCAGAUGUUUUUGGACUUUCAGAUUUUUUUUUUAAUUUCAAAAGUCCACGUGGCUAUUUUUCUUUAAAAAAUUUAGAUUUUUUGAUAUUUCAAAGUCUGGAAAUCCACGUGGCAUUGAUUUUUUUGAGCUGAAAUUGUCUGAAUUUCUAGAAAUUUGAAUUUUCUUCAAAAAAUUCGGAAAAUUGAAAAUUCCUAAUUUUUUGAACUUAGGUUCGAUCUCCCGUGCCUGCGGAUUUUUUUCGAAUUUUUGGAAGCUUGCGCGAAGCGCCCCGGAAUCUUCCGCGCAGCGGCUCGAGCGGAGCGAGUGUAAGCCACUCUGCGUCUCUAACCCUCUAGCUUCGAGUCUAGGGCCUAGAUUUCCAGGCCUGGAAAUCUAGGCCCCCUGUAUUUUUCCCACGCAUAUCACUUACCUCUCCGUUUUUUUCCGCGCGCCACUCACACUUUUUUUUCCUGAGCGCCGUGAUAUUAUGCAAAUAUUGACUUAUUUGAUUAACAAAACAUUUUUUCUGGAGAGAAAAUGCGCGAAAAUCCAGAAAAACCACUUUUUCAUGAUCAGAAAUUUUUUUUGAUGAUCAGGCAGAAUUUUUUGAUUUCGGUUUACUUACUUUUUUGAUUUGGACAGUUUUUGGCGCCAAAAAUCUACAGUAAUCUGGAGGUUUUUGGCCCGAAAUUCUCAGAAUUUUGCUAAUUUCCUAGCUCAGGUUCGAUCCCCAGUGCCUGCAGAAUUUUUUAACAUUUUUUUUUUGAAAUUUUUUUUGACCACACCCAAAAAACUACUAUUUUCUUUCUUUCCAAAAAAAAAUUUCCAUAUUUUUUUUUUUUUUUUUGCAAAAAAUAUAGUAUUGUUGUAUUAUUUUCGUACUUUUUUCCCACGAAAACCGGAUUUUUACGCUCGAAUUUCGGAAAUUUUCAAGAUUUUCGGAAAGUUUUCCCAUGGCUCUUGAGCCAAGAGCACAUUUUAGGAACUUUUUUCCCAGGGAAAAUUUGAAUUUUUGGUCAUUUUUUAUUGAAAAUUUUGAAUUUUUGGUCAUUUUUCACCUUAAAACCCGAAUUUUUGGUCAUUUUUUAACAAAAAACUUGAAUUUUUGGUGAUUUUUCAUUAAAAUUUGUGAAUUUUUAGUCAUUUUUUAUCAAAAAACUUGAAUUUUUGGUCAUUUUUCACCUUAAAACCCGAAAUUUUGCAGUUUCCGAUGAAUCAAUCGAGGAAAUCAAUAAAUUAAUUCUAUUAUUGCUUGGUUGUGCUAUUCAAAGUGACAAGAAACGUGAAUUUAUUGAUCGAAUUCAGAAAUUCGAUCCCAGCAUACAAAUUGGACUUGCCAACUAUAUACAACAGGUUGGUUACUGUAGUUUUUGAAUUCGCCGCGAAAUUUGGAGCAUUUUGAGCCCAAACAUGAUUACUGUAGGUCGAGUACUGUAGUUUUUGAAUUCGCCGCGAAAUUUGGAGCAUUUUGAGCCCAAACAUGAUUACUGUAGGUCGAGUACUGUAGUUUUUGAAUUGGCCGCGAAAUUUGGAGCAUUUUGAGCCCAAACAUGAUUACUGUAGGUCGAGUACUGUAGUUUUUGAAUUCGCCGCGAAAUUUGGAGCAUUUUGAGCCCAAACAUGAUUACUGUAGGUCGAGUACUGUAGUUUUUGAAUUGGCCGCGAAAUUUGGAGCAUUUUGAGCCCAAACAUGAUUACUGUAGGUCGAGUACUGUAGUUUUUGAAUUCGCCGCGAAAUUUGGAGCAUUUUGAGCCCAAACAUGAUUACUGUAGGUCGAGUACUGUAAUUUUUGAAUUCGCCGCGAAAUUUGGAGCAUUUUGAGCCUAAACAUGAGUACUGUAGGUCGAGUACUGUAGUUUUUGAAUUGGCCGCGAAAUUUGGAGCAUUUUGAGCCCAAACAUGAGUACUGUAGGUUUUUUGUCAACAAAAAUCUAAAAAAAAAUUUUCGCGGGUACCGGGGAUCGAACCUGAGCUAGGGGAAUAUGGGUUUGACUCGUGGAUUUUGUAGAUUUUUCUAGUUUCAAAUGUAAUUUCCCAAAAAUUUGAUCUAAAUCAUUUUUUUUCAGAAAAAUCUACAGUAAUCCUAGAAAAUUACCUAGGUUACUGUAAUUUUCGAACAUUUUUUUUUUCAAGUUUGAAAAAAAAUUGCCAAAAAUUUGAUCUACAUAAUUUUUUUUCUGAAAAAUCUACAGUACCCCUCAGAAACUACAGUAACCCAGCUCAAUUCUCUAGCUCAGGUUCGAUCCCCGGUGCCUGCGAACAUUUUUUUUUCAAUUUAAAAUUUUGAAUUUUCGCGCGCUACAGUAACCCUGAGCAUGUCUAGACUCAAAAUGCUCCAAAUUUCGCCUCCAAAAAAUGCCACGUGGCAAAUUUUUCAAUUUCAGCUAACUCAAACCUCACAAAUCGUCGUCUCCGCCUUGGAAUCUGAUCGCCACGAAGUUUUUCGCCACCUGGAACGAGUUAUGAAGGAGCGCGAUAUGCUGGCUGAAAUUUCAGCAAUUUCAGAACAUGUGAGUGCAUUUUUCGGCUGGAAAUUUGAGAUUUUCAGCAUUUUUAACCUCAAAAUUGUGAAUUUUCACAAAUUUUCACCCAAAAUUGAUGAUUUUGACCUGAAAAUAAUUUUUUUUUCAGGAUUCUGAUGAGGCGAGCUCCACAACUACAAGUUCCUCAUUGAACGGUGAAACACAUAAGGAAUCGUUUUAUGGUAAGUCAAAAAAACAUGUUUUUCUCGUUAAGCUGGUGAAAAAUGAGCAUUUUUGAGCAAAAAUUUGGGAUUUUUGAGCUAGAAAAUUGAAUUUUUGGUUAUUUUUCAUCCAAAAAAUUUGAAAUGUUGGAGAUUUUUAACCUAAAAAUUUGAAUUUUUGGUAAUUUUUCAUCAAAAAAAUCAAAUUUUGUACCCUUUUUCACCUAAAAAUUUGAAAUGUUGGAGAUUUUUAACCUAAAAAUUUGAAUUUUUGGUAAUUUUUCAUCAAAAAAAUCAAAUUUUGUACCCUUUUUCACCUAAAAAUUUGAAUUUUUGGUAAUUUUUCACCCAAAAAUCCCCUUUUCCUUUCAGAAAAUCGCUCAACUUCGCCUAACUCCCAAAUGCGACAAUUGGUUUUGGAAUUGGCUCACGCAAAACAGGAGAUGAGAAAAUGGAUGAAUGAUGCGUGAGUUACAGUAACCCAUUUUUUUGGGCCGAAAAUUUGCGUCGUUUUGAGACCAAACAUGAUUACUGUAGGUUUUGGCGCCAAAAAUCCACUAAUUUUUUUCAAAAAAAAAAUUCCGCAAGCACCAGGGAUCGAACCUGAGCUAGGAAACUUGGGGAUUGACUUGAGAGAAAUUGGAGAAUGUUCAAGGGUUACUGUAGCUACAGUAAUCUGGAGAUUUUUGGGAGAUACUGUAGAUUUUUUCUCAAAUCUUGUGGAUCAAUUUUUUGGAAAACUUUUUUCUAGCUUGAAAUUUUUUUUUGCAAAAACUACAGUAACCUUGGCUAGGAGUACUGUAGAUUCUCAUAUUUUUUUGCAUUUUGAUCUACAGUAUUCAUUUCUUGGGGUACUGUAGUUUCAGAGCAUAAUCUUUUGAUCUACAGUAUUUUGUAACGUUUUUUGAAAAAAAAUGUUCUAAAACUACAGUAACCUAGGGUUACUGUAGAUUUUUGUGAUUACUAGAAAAUUCCGGAUCUACCGUAGUUUUUGAGUGGGGUACUGUAGAUUUCAAACAAAAAUUUUUUCCCGAAUUUUUUCGACCUACAGUAACCCAUGGCAUGUUUAUAUUCAAAAUGAAGCGAAUUUCAGCCAAAAAAAAAUGCCACGUGGCAAAUUUUCAGCCAAAAACACGAGGAAGAAUCAAAUCAAUUUGCAUCGCAACUCGAAGAAUGCAAAGAUCGACUUCAUCAAUUGGAAAAUGAGCGGCCAAAAUUGAAGGCCGAAUCGAAAAAAUGCAAACUUUUGGAGGAUUAUUUGCAGGCGGCAAAUCAGCGAAUUGAAAAAUUGCAAAAUUUGGAAAAUGUCGAAAAACGCUUGCGAGAAACUCAAGAAGAAAAGGAAUCCAUUGAGAGCAAAUAUAAGGUACGGUAGAUUUUGAGCGGGAUUUUUUGAGUCUAGACUCGAAAAUUCUGGAUUUUUUGAGCCCGAAUAAGCCUAGGCUUGAAAAUUUGGGAUUUUUUGAGUCCGGAUAAGCCUUGGACUCAAAUUUCUGGAUUUUUUUGAGCCCGAAUAAGCCUAGACUCGAAAUUUCUGGAUUUUUUGAGACUAGAUAAGCCUAGGCUUGAAAAUUUGGGAUUUUUUGAGUCCGGAUAAGCCUAGGCUUGAAAUUUCUGGAUUUUCUGAGCCCGGAUAAGCCUAGGAUCGAAAUUUGGAAUUUUUUGAGCCCGAAUAAGCAUAAGCUCAGAAUUUCUGGAUUUUUUGAGCCCGAAUAAGCCUAGGCUUGAAAUUUCUGGAUUUUUUGAGCCCGAAUAAGCCUAGGAUCGAAAUUUGGGAUUUUUUGAGCCCGAAUAAGCCUAGACUCGAAAUUUCUGGAUUUUUUGAGACUAGAUAAGCCUAGGCUUGAAAAUUUGGGAUUUUUUGAGUCCGGAUAAGCCUAGGCUUGAAAUUUCUGGAUUUUCUGAGCCCGAAUAAGCCUAGGCUUGAAAUUUUUGGAUUUUUUGAGCCCGAAUAAGCCUAGGAUCGAAAUUUGGGAUUUUUAGAGUCUAGAUAAGCCUAGGCCUAUUUUCAGGCCUAAAAAUCCUAAUUUUUCUCUGCGUCUCUCACCACUUUUUAUCUCUAACAUUAGCAAUAAAAAAACUUGAACAAUAAAUUAUCAGGGCGGAUUUUAUGGGAUUUUUUCGCGGUUUCACCUGACUAUAUAUUUUUCAGGCUGAAAAUUGCAGAUUUUAGGCUUUUCUAGGCCUAAAAAAAGCCUGAAAGGCCCUUUCCAGCCCCAAAAAAGUCCACAUUUUCAGUCGCUUUCCGAGCACUAUCGAAUUCAAGAGGAGACAAUUGAAAAUAUGGAAUUGAAUUUGAAAACGCUCAAAAAUCAGACGAAAGAUCGGAGUGAUAUGGAAAAGGAGUUCAAUCGGUCGAAAUCGACGGUCCGAGAUUUGGAGGAGGAAAUUUCGAAGGUGAGUACGGUAGAUCAGUUUUGGCGCCAAAAAAUUUGACGCGUUUUGAGACCCAAUAUGACUAGGGUUACUGUAGAUCAGUUUUGGCCCGAAAAUUCAAAAAAAAUGUUCCGCAGGCACCGGGGAUCGAACCUGAGCUAGAGAAUUUAGGGAUUGACCUGAAAUAAAAUCUGGGAAGAUGGGUUACUGUAGAUCUUGAGGAGUACUGUAGUUUUUCUGGUGGGGGGGGGGUACUGUAGAUUUUUCGCAAUCUAGAAAAAAGUGCCCAAAUUUUGAUCUACGAGAUUUUUUUGUUGUUGAAAAUCUACAGUACCCACUCAAAAACUACUACGGUAGAUUUGGAAUUUUCUAGUUUUUAAAAAAUCUACAGUAAUCCUAGGGUUACUGUAGUGCCCAGGUUACUGUAGUUUUCCCACAUAUUUUUCAAGCAAAAUUUUGAUCUACAAGAUUUUUUAUAAAAAACCUACAGUACUCCCUCAAAAAACUACGGUAGAUCAAAUUUCCCAAAUUUUUUCGGAUAUUCAAAAAAAUUUCGAAAAUCUACAGUAAUCCUAGAAAAUUUCCCAGGUUACUGUAGUUUUGAACAUAUUAUUCUUUGAAACUACAGUACCCCAAAGCUACAGUAACCCCCCUAGCUCAGGUUCGAUUUCGAUUGGUUCGAAAUUUCCAAGUCAAACCCCAAGUUCCUCCAGCUCGGGUUCGAUCCCCGGUGCGUGCGAAACAUUUUUUCAAUUUAAAAUUUUGAAUUUUAGCGCGCAAAAAAUCUACAGUAACCCUGGGCGUGUCUAGACUCAAAAUGCUCCAAAUUUUCACGUGAAAAAUGUGCCACGUGGCGAAUUUCAGCCCAAUUUUUUCCAGAAAAAUUGGCAAAUCGAAAAUCAUCUCGUUGAGCAAGUCCGGCUGGAGCAUGAGCUAAAAGAACGUGAAGAGCGAAUUGCGAUGCUCGAAUCGAGUUCGCCUAACUUUACCCCACGAUUUUCGGGCUCACUCGCGGAGCAACUAGAAGAUGUGGAAAAAGAGGAGAUUGCGAAUUUGCGCGCCGAAAAUCGAAAGUUGCGGGCUCAAACUGAGGGAGCCACGCGGAAUCCGGAAAUUUUGGCUGAAAAAUCUGAAAAUCUGAAUCAGGAGCUCCAAAAUGAGCUCAAACAAGCCCUGGAGCAAGCGAAACUCGAAAAUUCGCGGCUCAAAUUUGAGCACGAGAAAAUCGACGGAACCCUGGAUCGUGUGAGCAUUGAGCUCGAGCAAGCCACGUGUCAAAUUCAGGAGAUGAGAGAUGAGAGAGACGAGGCGGUUAGAGAUUUACAAUCAGCUCGCCGCAAGUUCGCGCAAUUUCAGAUGGAUUUUGGGGAGGAAAAGGAGGCCCGAAUCAGAUCGCUGAAUUUUGAGAUUCAGGAGAAUCUGAGAAAUAUUGAAGAACUACAGUAUGCUGUGAAGAUUGCGCAGGAAAAUUCGAGAAAAAUUCGAUUUGAAUUGGAUGAAGUUCAGGAAGAAAAAUCGGGCCUUCAAAUCCAGAUGGACUCUUUGGAACGGGCCAAAAAGGCCCAGGAAAAUCACCUAGAAGCGCUGAAAUCCAAAAAUUCUGAACUUGAAGAUCUUGCCGAAGAUCUACGCCUCAAAAUUCUGAACUCGGAGAACUUCUCAAAACGGCUCGAAGAUCGCGAAGCGCUGAUCUCACAGAUCCAGGAGAAGCUUGGAAUUCAGGAAAAUCAGCGGAAAACUGUGGAGCAACAAUUGGACUUGGAGCUCAAGAAGUCGCAGAAGCUCCGCGAGGAUUUGGUGGCGGAAAAAAGCCGCGCGGCAGAAAUUGUUGGGAAAUUGCGGAGUGUUUGCAAGGCGGUGUUGGUGAAUGGCGGGAAGAUUGAGGAGCGGGAGAUGGGCGAUGAUGAGGUGGGUUUUGGGAGUGGGAAAUUUGGAUUCCCCGUGAAAUUUGGGACCUGGAGGUGGUUUUUCUGGAGUUCUAGAGAUAGUUUUGAGCAUUUUGGGUACCCCCUGGAAGAUUUCACGACAGGGGGGUCACCUUUUUUCUUGGGAGCUGGUUUUGGGAACUGGGAGCGGGAAAUUAGGAUUCCCCGUGAAAUUUGGGGCCUGGGGGUGGUUUUCUGGAGCUCCUGAGAUAGUUUUGAGCAUUUUGGGUACCCCCUGGAAGAUUUCAACACAGGGGGGUCACCUUUUUUCUUAGGAGUGAGUUUUGGGAGGUGGGAGCGGGAAAUUAGGAUUCCCCGUAAAUUUUUGGGCCUGGGGAGGUUUUUUGGAGCUCCUGAGAUAGUUUUGAGCAUUUUUGGUUCAGAAAUACUGUAGGAGUACUGUAGAUCAACCGGGUUACUGUAGAAAAGUUCCAAAAAUCUUGUAGAUCAGAAAAUUGUAUGGGUUUUGAGGAGUACUGUAGAUUACUGUAGCUUAAAAUUUAACUAAAAAUACUUUAGGUAGGCUGUGUUACUGUAGGAGUACUGUAGAAAAUUAUAGCAAUUUUUAAAGCCUCUAGAAGUACGGUAGUUUAAAAGUUCCCAAAAAAUUUUGUAUGUAGGAUUACUGUAGCUCGAAAAUUACCAAAGAAUACUGUAGGUAGGCUGGGUUACUGUAGGAGUACUGUAGCUCAAAAUUAAGCUCCGGAGCUCAUUUUUCACCUGAAAAUUCCAGAUUUUCAGCCAAAAAUCCCAAAUUUCUUCCAGCUAAUAUCCUGUAUCGAUAACAUAAUGAUGAAUGUUCUAACCAAUGCCAAACGAGAAUCCGAUGCUCUCAGAAUCCAGCAAAACAAGCAAAUUGCCGAGUUAUCCGAUCUCAAAAAGGAUAUCGAAAAAUUACGGUAGGAUUUUUGGAUUUUUCAGCAAAUUUUGGGCCUAAAUUCGAAAUUUUCUAAUUAAUUAGCACUAAUUAGUCUCAAAAAACUUUUUUUUUUCAAAUUUUUCGCAAAAAAAAGUUUCUUUUGAUUAAUUAGGAUCUAUUCAAUUGAUUAAUUGGCGCGCUUUGAAGUUUCCAAAUUUUUUUUUGAAUUAGUCUAACUUAUUUUCUAAAAUGUGGUGUUGUGCUCCAAAAAUUCGAGAAGAGCCCUCGAAAAAUGUAUCGAUUAUCAGGAUUAAUUAUAAUCCCAAUUUUACUAUGUAGGUUUUGAAGGAGGCCUGAAAUGGGCCUGAAAAUGGGCCUGAACGGGCCUAGGCCUUUUUCAGGCCCUUAAGGCCUUUUUAGGCCCCAAAAAAUCCCCAAUUUUUUCCAGGCGAUCUGAAAAUGUAUCGUUGAGCGAGAGUGAUGAUCGUGUCAAAGAAUUGAGCCAAGAAAAUAUCAAUCAAAAAGAGCAGGUGAGCCAUUUUCAGCCAGAAAUCUUGAUUUUCAGCAUUUCUAGGCUGAAAAUUUGAGAUUUUCAGCAUUUUUCACCCCCAAAACCCACAAUUUUCAGAUAUUUUUGCUGCAAGAAAAAGUUCGUGAACUUGGCGUUGAAAUCGCGGCGAAAUGCAACGAAAUUUCGUUGGCCAAAAAUUGUAUUGAGGAGUUGAAUCGGAAUUCGGUGAGGAUUACUGUAGGCGGGGGUACUGUAGCUCGAAAAUUUGGAAAAUUUGAUGAAUUUUGAGCCAAAAUUCAGGUUUUUUGAUGAAUUUUGAGCUAAAAUUCGAAAAAUUUGAUGAAAAAUGAGUACUGUAGGGGGUACUGUAGCUAGAAUUUUUAUUAAAGGUACUGUAGGAGUACUGUAGGUCAACUGGGAUACUGUAGAAAAUUUUCCAGAGUUUUCAGAAGUCUCUAGGAGUACUGUAGAAAAGUUCCAAAAAUUUGGUGAAUCCAAAAAUUGUAUGGGUUUCUUGAGGAUUACUGUAGGUUUACUGUAGAUAAAAAAUUAAUUAGAAGUACUGUAGAUCAACUGGGUUACUGUAGGAAAAAUUCCAGAAUUUUCAGAAGCCUCUAGAAUUACUGUACUUUAAAAGUUAAAAUUCCAAAAAAUUUUGUAGGUCAAAAAAAUUGUGCCUCGGGUACUGUAGCUCAUAAUUUUCUGGAUACUGUAGGCCUUAGAAGAAGUACUGUAGCUCUAAAUGAUUAUUAUAUGAGCAAUUUUUUUGAUUUUUAGGUUACUGUAGCUCAAAAAUUUUCAAAUUUUGGGUUAUUUUUCAUCAGAAAUUUUCAAAUUUUCCGAAUUUUUCAUGAAAAAAUCGAUUUUCCUCAAAUUUUCCAUCGUAAUAUUCAUUUUUAGUGUAAAAAUCCCAGGAAAAGAAGAUAGAACAAGUUUUAUUAUGUUCAAACACUCAAAAAAAUGUGUAAAAAUGAUGAAUGAGCCUCAAUUUUGAGCUGAAAUUCGGGAUUUUUGACCUGACAUUGAUCUGAAAAUCUGGAUUUUCAGGUUUUUUUUGGUCCAGAAGGCUUGAUUUUGGCCUAAUGAAUAAAUUAUACAAUUUUUUCUCUAAAUCUCUCACAAAUUUUGAUCUCUCGACACAUUUUGAACAUUUUUUGAUUGAUUGAUUGCCAGAUGUCAGAAAAUUUGAGCCAUGAACACAUUUUUCGCCGAAAAUUUUUGAAUUUUACGAAUUUUCGACAGAAAAUUUGAAUUUUGGGUUAUUUUUGAUAGAAACAUUUGAAUUUCAAGUCAUUUUUUAUCAAAAAAUUGAAUUUUGGGUAAUUUUUAAUUAAAAAAUUGAAUUUUAGGUUAUUUUUUGUCAAAAAUUUGAAUUUUUUGUUAUUUUUUAUCGAAUAUUUGAAUUUUAGGUUAUUUUUCAGUGAAAAUUUGAAUUUCGCGUAUUUUUUAAUGAAAAAUUUGAAUUUUGGGUAAUUUUUGAGUGAAAAUUUGAAUUUCAGGUCAUUUUUCAUCGAAAAUUUGAAUUUCAGGUUAUUUUUGAUGAAAAAUUUGAAUUUCAGCUCAUUUUUCAGUAAAAAUUUGAAUUUUAGGUGAUUUUUUAUCAAAAAUUUGAAUUUCAGCUCGUUUUUCAUCAAAAAUUUGAAUUUUGGGUUAUUUUUGAUAGAAAAAUUGAAUUUUAGGUUAUUUUUGAUUAAAAAAUGAAUUUCGUGUCAUUUUUCAUUAAAAAUUUGAAUUUUAGGUUAUUUUUAAUGAAAAAUUUGAAUUUUAGGUUAUUUUUCAGUAAAAAUUUGAAUUUCAUGUCGAAAAAAAAAUAAUUUUUAAAAUUUUCAGACUUCCGCCAGUGCAAAUAACACCGAACUCGCUCGCCUUCAAGUUUCGUUGAGAAACGCCGAAUUACAGGUUGGUUUUUGGCGCCAAAAAAUUUGAAUCCAAAUUUUUCCCGCCACAUUUUCUCUCUGCGUCUCUCACUAUUUUUUUUAAUUGUUUUUUUUGCAGGAAGAACUUCGAAAACAGGAGAAUUCGGAGCUCAGAAAACAGCUGGAAGCCGCAGAAAAAGCUGGCAAUAAAAUCAGACACGAAUUGGUGAGUUUUUGGGCUCAUUUUUGAGCUCUCGAGCUUCUGGAGCUCAAAAUUUGGCUCCAGGGCUCAUUUUCGACCUUAAAUUCAGCUCCGGGGCUCAUUUUUGAGCUCUGGAGCUUCUGAAGCUCAAAAUUUGGCUCCAGAGCUCAUUUUCGACCUAAAAUUCCGAAUUUCGGCUCAUUUUCAUCCGAUUUUUCAGGACGAACUCGAAUCAAUGCACAAAACGUUGCUCGGCGAUCAUUCCCGUCUUCAACAUCUUCACAACUCGCUGACCAAAGAUUAUGAGCAGACUAGAAAUGAAUCGGUGGAAAUGAGGAAUAAAUUGAGAACGGUUGGUGUUUUUUGGGUCUAGAUAAGCCCGGGCUUUUAGGGCCUGAAAUUUGGGAUUUUUUUGAGUCUAGAUAAGCCUGGAUUUCGGGCUUGAAAUUCCAGAUUUUUUGAGCCUAGAUAAGCCUGGAUUCUUCGGGCUUUUGAGGCCUGAAAUUUGGGAUUUUUUGAGCCUAGAUAAGCCUGGAUUCACCGGGCUUUUGAGGCCUGAAUUUCCAUAUUUUUUGAGUCUAGAUAAGCCUAGAUUCCUGGGGCUUUUUGGGCUUCCAGCCCGUCCCAAAACCUCAUAAAAAUUCCUCAAAUCAUAUAACUUCUUUUUCUUCUUCUUCACAUUAUGUUAUGCUAUAAUAACAUGAGAAGAAAAAAGAAAAACACCUCAAUAAAAUUUUUACACAAAACUGCAUUUUUAUUAUUAUUCUCAUUUUUAUUACUACUACUUUUCCCCGGCUUCCGAAACGCUUUAUUUUCCGGAUUUUUGUGGAUUUUUUGGCUGAAUUUGGGCCUAAAAGCCUGGAGUUUCAGGCUUGAAAGCCCGGAUUUCUAGGCUUAAUUUGGGCCUAAAAGCCUGGGUUUUCAGACCAGAUUUAUUCUUAAAAAAGCCUGAAUUUUCAGACCAAGUUUAGACUCAAAAAAGCCUGAAGUUUUGGGCUUUAAAGCCCGGAUUUUUAGGUUUUAUUUGGACCUUUCAAAGUCUAGACUUAAGAUUUAAGAAGCCUGAAUCUUUGGGCUGAAUUUAGGCCUAAGAAAGCCUUAAUUUAAGGUCUGAAAAUCCUGGAGUUUUAGUCUAAAUUGAGGCCUCAAAAAAGCCCGAAGUUUCAGGCUUCAAACUGGGAUUUUCAGGCUUCGUUUAAGCUAUGGAAAAGCCUAAAUUUAAGCUUUAAAAAGCCUGGAUUUUAAGGCUUGAGAAUUCUGGAUUUUUAGGCUUUAGGUGGGCCCUGAAAAAGCCUGAAUUUUUAGGCUGAAUUUAGGCCUUAAAAAGCCUUGAUUUUUAGCUUCAUUUGGGCCUAAGAAAACCUGAAUUUAAGGUCUGAAAAUCCUGAGUUAGGCUUUGAAGCCUGAAUUUUUAGGUUUAUUUGAGGCCUUGAAAAGCCUGGAUUUAAGGUCCGAAAAGCCCGGGAUUUUCAGACCAAAUUUAGGCUUAAACACCGAAGAUUUUCAGGCUUCAUUUAGGUCUCAAAAAGCCUGGAAAUCCCGAAGUUUUAGGCUCAAAAGCCCGGAUUUUCAGGCUGAAUUUGGGCUUAUCUAGGCUCAAAAAAUCCAGAUUUUUAGGAUGAAUCUAAGCCUCAAAAGCCCGGGAAAUGUAGGCUUAUCUAGGCUUCAAAUAUCCCAAAUUUCAGGCUUAUCUGGAGCCCUCAAAAGCCUAGAUUCUCAGGCUCUGAAUCCAGGCUUAUCCUGGCCUCAAAAGGCCCCCAAAUAACCCAAAAUCUUUUCCAGCACACCCCAAUGGUUCACGCAAAUCUUCGCGACUUGGAAGAACUCCGCUUCCAAUUGGCUCACGAAAAAUCAGCCAAAGAAAAACAGCUUCGAGCCUACGCCGAUCUUCAAAAUGAGCACGGACAAACCCGUCGACAACUCGAUAAUUUGCGAGCUGAAAAUGAGCAUCUGAUUCGAAAUCGCGAAGCUCUGACUUCAGAAUUGCGAAGAUCCAGAGCUCAGGAUAAUGCUCUUGAAUGGUCGAAUUUGGCGGAUGAUUUGAAUAAGCAAAUUCAGUCGAAAGAUUUGGAAAUUGCUAAAUUACAUCAUAAAAUCGAGGCGCUUCAACAAUUAAAUGCAACUUAUAAUGAGGAAAACAAGAAUUUGUCGAGGCAAUUGGAAAUUCUGCUAACUCAAAAUAAGGAGCUCUUGAAUCGCGCACUUUAUGAUAAGGAUCAAUAUCAUUUGGAGAUGAAGGAUUUUCAGGUGAGCCCACGAAAUUUGGAGCAUUUUGAUAUCUUAUAAGCCUAGAUACACUAAAAUUUACCUUAGGGACCUUAAGGAGUAUUGUAGCCUUUUAGCCCAGGAACUUUGGAGCAUUUUGAUACCUCAUAAGCCUUAGAGACCUUAAGGUUAGGUUUAAGAAGCUUAGGAGCCUUAAGAUUAGAGUUGAGAGGCUUAGGAGCCUUAAAGUCAGGGUGAGGUACCUUAAAGGUCUUAAGGAGUACUGUAUCUUUCGAGCUCAAGAAAUUUGGAGCAUUUUGAUAUCUUAUAAGCCUUAGGGGUCUUAAGGUUAGGGUUAAGAGGCUUAGGGGUCUUAAGGUUAAUGGUAGAAACCUUAAGGACCUUAAGCAGUACUGUAGAUUUCAAGAUCAACACAUUUUGAGCAUUAUUGGCCUUAUGAGCCUUAAGGUUAGGGUUAAGAGGCUUGAAGAGCUCAAGGUCAAAUUUCAGAGCCUUAGGUACCUUAAAGUUAGGGUGAGGAACCUGGAAGGUCUUAAGAAGUACUGUAGAAUUCUAGCUCAAGCAUUUUGGAGCAUUUUGAUACCUUUCAAGCUUUGGGAGCCUUAAGGUUGAGUUCAGGAACCUUAGAGGUCUUAAGGUUAAGGGUAAGAGCCUUAAGGACCUUAAGAAGCACUGUAGACUUGUAGCCCAGAAAAUUUGGAGCAGUUUGAUAUCUCAUAAGCCUAGGCACAAUGAAAUUCACCUUAGAGACCUUAACUACCUUAAAAUAACCCUAAUUCACUUUAGGAACAACUCAGUUCUCUACGCCGCCACAAGGAAAAACUCGAAGAUAAAAUCAUGGAUCAAUAUCGGAGCAUGGAGAGUAAAAAAUCGUCGACCGAUCGAAAACAGCCGCUGGUUAAGAGAGCUGCUAAGGCCCUAAUUAGGGUGAGUUAAGGGUUUUCGCUUAAAAUGAGCAAUCUCAUGAUUUUCAGCAUGAAAAAUUGAUCUAAAAAUGGGAAAUUUUCAAAAAAGUUCCCAUGGGGAUUCGAUCCGGGACCUUCUGAUCGAUAAUUUUUCAGCGUCGCGCCAGCUCCAACACCGGCUCAACCACUGAAGAUUCGAGUGCUUAUUCAGCCGAUGAAUCCACCCAACACCAAAAUCAAAACGGUAAAAUCCACGUCAGCACCGUCCGUCCGCGUCCGGAAAUUUCCGCACCCAUCGCACUCGCCGCCAUUCCGGAAACGUGUCCGCUUCACGGCAAACUGCGCGACAUAACUCCGCAAUUUGCCGCCGAGCAGCGCGUCAAAUUCGCAUCAAUGCGCGUCGCGUCUUCCGCGACGCGACGCGCCACGAUUUUCCGCGAUGAUUCCGCAACGCGUGGCGCCUACAGUAAUCCCAAUGUCCGGAAGAUGAUUGAUAUGCAUGUGACGUCAUCGUCGGAUUGAUUUGGGGUUACUUUAGGUGCCACGUGGCAGGGUACUGUAGAGUUUUGGAUUUCACUGCGUACGUUUGAUACUCAGCUUAGGAUUUGGCUGCGUACCCGGGUGGCAUUAGAUACUCAGGCUGACUAGAAUUACUGUAGAUGAGCAAUGACUUCUUAGAUUUAGCUUCGUACGUUUGAUACUCAGCCUUGAUUUGGCUGCGUACCUAGAAAUUUUGAACGUUUGAUACUCAGUUAAGGAAUGUACGCAGCCAAUUCAAAAUUAUAUAAUUUAGCUGCGUACCUAGAAAUGUUUAACAUUAGAUACUCAGUUAAUGAAUGUACGCAGCCAAUUCAAAAUUCUCUAAUUUAGCUGCUUACCUGAAAUUUGUACGUUUGAUACUCAGUCAAGUACGCAGCCAAUUUUCAAAAUCCUAUAAAUUAGCUGCGUAUCUGUAAUUCUUACAUUAGAUACUCAGUCAAGUACGCAGCCAAUUCAAAAUCCUAUAAUUUAGCUGCGUACCUAUAAUUUCUAACAUUAGAUACUCAGUCAAGGUGAAAGUACGCAGCCAAUUCAAAUAACAUUAGAUACUCAGUUAAGGUUUUCAAUUAGCUGCGUAUCUGAAUUUUGAACGUUUGAUACUCAGUAUACCCCUCCAGCCGCUCGCUUAGCCGCUCAAACCGAGGCGCUCGCUCGAGCUUCUGAGCGCCUAAGCCGCUCGAGCCAACGAGCGGCUUGAAUGGCUUGAGCCGCUGAGCGGCUAGAGCCAUUUGAGCCGCUCGCUCGCUAAGCCGCUCGAGCAUGGAGCCGCUCGAGCGCCUCAGCGGCUUAGGCGCUCGAGCCACCAAGCCGCUCAAGCCGCUGAGGCGCUCGAGCGAGCGAGCCGCUCGAGCGGCUCGAGCGGCUCGCUCCAUUUUCAAAAAAAUUUUUUUCUAUACGAAAAUUGUGAAACAGUGGUUUUUUUCAUAAUUUUUGGGUACUUCGAAAAUGAAAUAUUUGUAUUGGGACAUGGUCCUUGGGUCAUGAAAAAUUUUUUUUAUUUGAAAAAAGUGGGCGGGGCUUAUUUUUCAGUUUAAAGCUGAAAACACUAAAAAAUCAAAAAAUUCAAAAUUUACUAAAAACUUUCUGGUUUUUUUUCAGAUGACUUCUAGUUUAUUUUUGAAUGUUUUUGACGAUAAAAAACACACAAAAUUCUCAGAUAACUGACGAUUUUCAGCUAUUUUUUAUCGAAAAUCUGCAAUUAUGUGUUUAUUUUUUUGAUAUUUCAAGCCGGAAAAAAGCUGAAAAUUGUCAGCUAUUUGAAAAUUUGAAGUGUUUUUCAUCAUCAAAAGCAUUAAAAAAUCAUCUAGAAAAAACCAGAAAGUUUUUGGUAAAUUUUGAAUUUUUUAGUGUUUUCAGCUUUAAACUGAAAAAUAAGCCCCGCCCACUUUUUUUUCAAAUUAAAAAAAUUUUUCAUGACCCAAGGACCAUGUCCCAAUACAAAUAUUUCAUUUUCGAAGUACCCAAAAAUUAUGAAAAAAACCACUGUUUCACAAUUUUCGUAUAGAAAAAAAUUUUUUUUUGAAAAUGGAGCGAGCCGCUCGAGCCGCUCGAGCGGCUCGCUCGCUCGAGCGCCUCAGCGGCUUGAGCGGCUUGGUGGCUCGAGCGCCUAAGCCGCUGAGGCGCUCGAGCGGCUCCAUGCUCGAGCGGCUUAGCGAGCGAGCGGCUCAAAUGGCUCUAGCCGCUCAGCGGCUCAAGCCAUUCAAGCCGCUCGUUGGCUCGAGCGGCUUAGGCGCUCGAGCGAGCGGCUCGCUCAGCUCGUGAGCCGCUUCAAGCCGCUCAAUGACGAGCGGCUGGAGGGGUAUAAUACUCAGUGAAGUUGAAAGUACGCAGCCAAUUCAAAUAACAUGAAUAACAUUAGAUACUCAGUCAAGUACGCAGUCAAUUCUCUACAGUACCCUUUUUCUCGCACUUGUCCUUGUCCAAUUUUUGUCUGUAAAUAUUUGUGUCCAAAAAAAAUUGCUUAUAGAUUUUUAUCGAUUUUUCUUCUGCAUGACCGGUUAUUUUUUGAAUUUUUAAAUUUUUUUUUGAAUUUUUGAAUUUUCGCGGGUUUUUUUUCUAUGUGCUUUUUUGUCCGUCCUUAAUAAAUGUUGCAUGUUUUGAAAAAAAAGCUGAAAAUUUGUCUGAAAAUCUGAAAAAAAAAUUUAGAUGAUCUGGUGCCGACUUGUUCCUCAUCGGAUGAUCAUGAUCGAGGCCAUUCGCCGGCGAAAAAUUGGGCCGAGGGGCCCGGAAAUUGGGCCGGGGCCGGGCCCGAAGAGCCCAGAUUUUUGCGGCAACGUGGAGAUUUGAUGGGUGGAUCGGUUAGGCUGAGCAAUGGAAUUGGAGGAACUGCAAGACGGCCCGUUUUGCACGCGUCACAGACUUAUGAGCAGAUUUUGAUGAGAGGUAGGCUUUGGAGGCCCGGUCUAGAAUUACAGGCCUUGAACAAUGGAGCAUUUUGAGACCGAACAUGACUAGGGUUACUGUAGGUCUUGCCACGUGGAAUUUUUUGAUCUACCUACAGUAACCACAAAAAAAAUGAUUUGCCACGUGGCAUUUUUUUCUGAAUUUCAAAUUUUCGCGCCAAAACGUUUUUCUACAGUACUCCCAAUAGAAAUUUUGACACGUGGCAUCUACAGUAAUCUGAUAUUUUUGGAGAUUUGAAAAAUUCUGGCCCCAAAAGAGUACUGUAGAUAUUUUGCCACGUGGAUUCUUUUCUGAAAAUUUGAAUUUUUUUCUGAAAAUUUUUUGAGCUCUACAGUAAUCCUUAGAAAAAUCAAUGCCACGUGGAAUUUCGAAUUCUGGAAAUCUACAGUAAUCCAAACACAAAAAGUACUGUAGAUCAAAAAUUCAAAAUCCACGUGGCAAACUCUUUGAUCUACAGUAACCCUAGUAAAAUUUUCGCGCCAAAAAAACAAAAUUCAAAUUUUUUUCCAGAUUCCCCCGCCACAAUCUCUCCGCUCACCAAUCUUCCGCCACGCGCACCAAUCCGCAACGCAUCCGCCACGUCAUCACUCCGCGCACGUCCGCCACCGUACACCAAACCGAAGGGGGUUUCCGCGCCGCUUCCGCCUCCCGAAUCCCCGCCGCUCUUCCAACCGCGUUCCGCGUCGACGCCCAAGAAAUCCGAGAUGGAAUCUGGAGAAAUAGUGGGCGAGGGUGAGAGACGUAGAGUGGUCAGAGAAAAAGAGGAGCGAUUCGACAAGGCGUUGAGCUACUAUGAGAAUGUGGCAAAUCCGGAUUUGGCACCGGCCCAAAAAAAUUGUGAAGUUCUCCAGGAGGACGAGGAACUUAGCCAGAAUGACACGAAAAAUGAAUCGACAGUUUGGUAUGAGUAUGGAUGUGUUUAG